AAAGUAGAUAACACCUGAGCUUGAUGUCCUCGACGCGCCAUAAAAUCAGCAGGUCGGUUUUCCUCUCGAUGAAUUUGAGUAAAACAGACCUGCCGAUGAAGAAUGAGCCAUCGAAAGUAGUAAUAGUUGCAUGUUUUAGCUUUAGAUAAAGUGGCGAAUGUGCAAAUUCCUGAAAUAUUUGCGGAAGACUCGAAUAAGUGAGAAGUUGAGGGGUCAGACCAAAAUUAUAUUAUUAGAAGGUGUGGAAAGUAAGAAAUAGCAGCGCAAAUCUGGCUGGGCAAUUUCAUCACGAGUAAAAGUUAGAAGAUUUGCAGGAAAUUGGAAGGGAAGGCGGCCAAAAAUGGGCAUAAGAUUCGUAUUAAUGGUGAACAAGCAAGGCCAGACUCGGCUUGCACAGUACUACGAAUACCUAAACAUCGAAGAACGGCGAGCACUCGAAGGCGAAAUUGUUCGUAAAUGCCUCGCCCGCAACGAACAGCAGUGUUCAUUUGUCGAGCAUCGGAACUACAAAGUGGUGUAUAGGCGAUAUGCAUCAUUAUUUUUCCUGGUUGGAGUAGACAACGAAGAAAAUGAACUCGCUAUAUUGGAAUUUAUACACCUCCUAGUCGAAACUAUGGAUCGUCAUUUUGGCAAUGUGUGUGAGCUGGACAUCAUGUUCCAUUUGGAGAAGGCACAUUUCAUGCUGGAGGAAAUGGUUAUGAAUGGUUGUAUCGUCGAGACCAGCAAGGCCAACAUCCUCUCUCCAAUACAACUUCUGGAUAAAGCAUCAUAGUGUGUAGCUUGAACACCUUGGAGAGUUUUGACAAUUCUGUUUGUACCAUUGUAUCUAUGCAAAUUCUGUUUCACCAAAAACAAGAUAGUAUGUUGCUUGUUGCGAUGGAGCUAAAUACUCAACCUUGCAUAUUCAGUAUAGAAGCACGACCAUUUAAUAAACAGAGGGAUGGUUCUUUG